AUGAUUGGGGAUCAAGCCACCGAAGAUUCUCCGACGGUAUCUAAAAAUCUUUGCAAUGUCAGCGAGUCACAGAAAGGGGUCGCCAAGAAACCUGGAUUUCGAAAGAAGGUGAAGAACAGCCACAAACUGCACAGAAAGUACUGUGCGUACCUGGAGAACUCUCAACCAGAUCGGCCGUAUUUCAUCUGCGCCAUACAGAGUCUUCGACUGACAAAGAGAGGAACUCUGGUUGCCCAUGUCAAGUGGUAUUUCCGAUUUUAUGAAGUUCCCGAAAGUGUUUAUCUUCCGCUUGUUCAGGACAGACAUACAGAGGACGAUUGUGAGAAGAAAGCGAACAGUAAACAGUCGCUAGUCAGGUCACGGGAGUUAUUUACCUCUGACUCCACCGACACUUACCCAGUGAGCGCGUUAAGAGGCAAGUGUCGAGUGCUGCACUACCAGGAAAUCAGCGCUGCGAAGGACUUCACGCCGACCCGAGAUUCGUUUUUCUACGUUCUCGGCUAUAACCCUGAAACCAAGAGGCUGGCAACAACGCAGGGCGAGAUUCGGGUCGGCGCGAGCCAUCAGGCUCGGCUGCCCGAAUACAAGCCCAAUGUCGGACCGUCUCAGAUGCCGGAGCUGUGCACCAAACACGAGGAUCUCAAGUGGCAGCCGCACACCGUCAUGGACGAAGACCUCGUCAUGUUCCUCAGAGCCGCACGGAGCAUUGCAGCAUUUGCCGGGAUGUGCGACGAGGGCUCCACGGAAGCAGGCUGUCAGGCAGCCUCUAUGGACGACACCACCAUGAACGCCAUGGAUAUCCUCCACUCUCACAAGUACGAGACUGGGAAGGCUCUUCAGGCUCUGGUACGAAGUCCCGCACUCCGAAGUAUUCAGAAGAAAUGGACGGAGGAGGAUGCGAAACGUUUUGUACGGGGUCUAAGACUUCACGGCAAAAACUUCUUCAAAAUACGAAAAGAGCUUCUACCUCAUCGAGAAACGGGUGAUCUAGUCGAGUACUACUACUUCUGGAAGAAGACUCCGGCCGCUGUGUCGAACAGACCUCAUCGUCGACAUCGUCGCGCCGGCCUCAAACGCCAGACUGUCCGCUCGUCCAACCAGCCCAUCGGAGACUACUUGGACCAGAGUUCGGCCAGUGAGGUGUCGGAUGAGACGGAGGACAGCGACGGUGGGAGCAGGGACUCGAGCUACGCGUGUCGACACUGCUUCUCCACAACGUCAAAAGACUGGCACCAUGCGGGUAAGGACAAGACCCUGCUGUGUACGGAGUGUCGCGUCCACUUCAAGAAGUACGGGGAGGACCGGCCCAUAGAGAACCCCCGCGAGCCACCCGCCUUCCUCUUCAAACCCGUCAAAGAGGACGACGACGAACUGAUCAACGGGAAGCCCAUUAUGCGAACUCGCAGAAACAACAUUACUGCAGGAAAUAAUAACGGUAAGAAGAAGGAUCGCCACAGCACGAGCAGCCCUGACAACAUUGACAGCCCGCUGAACGGGUCUCAGAAGACGCCACGCAUCAAGUCGCCCAGCGCUGUGAGCACGUGCAGCAACAGUAGCAGUGACCUACGAGAUAAGAGAACGGAAAGUCCCGUGCGGGGAUCGAAGCGCCACUUGAACCCAGACCAAGACAACACAUCAUUAAAGAAGAAGAAAGUUCUGUCAGACUCCGACUCGGCUGUGGAAUCGGACAGUAGUGGGUCCGGAAACGACGAGAAUGGGAAUGAAGGUGACCUGGAAAAUAAUCAGGAUGAUCUGAGUUCCAGUUCGCCCCCGACCACGCCGAGCCCGACAGACUUCAAACUAGACGAGGACAUUGUGAAGCCCGAGGCUCAACACGCGAAACCACCACACUCACCGUUAUUCCAACCCCAGCUGACUGACACUCACCUCCACCCACUCGCCCAGACCGCCAAUCAGAUCUGCUCUCCGUCGCCAUUAGCCAAUCAGAUGAAUUCAGAAUCGAUAUCAACCAAUCAGAUGAGUUCUGGAACUCUUCCAGCCAAUCCUGGUCACUUGCAGCAAGAACAGUCGUCAGGAAGUCCGGUCCCGCCUCCGUUGCCGGAAGCAACCAAUCAGAUGGAGUCUUCCAAGCAGUAUGAGCAGCCGAGCUCCAAUCAUGUUCAUUCUAUUAAACUGAAAGACACACCCAUUAAUUCCUACCAUUCGCCAGUUCCAUCUGUCAAUCGGACGUUCCCAUUGGACCAGUUAAGUAGUCGUUCUCAUCAUCCAACCAAUCAGGAACAACAGCAACAACAACAGCAGCAGCAGCAGCAGCAGCAGCAACAACAACAACAACAAACAACAACAACAACAGUCAUCUGUGCAUUUAUCCAAUCCAAUGUCGUUAUAUUCAAGUGACCAAUCAAACAGUCAAUCUCUUAUGGGAAGCCGGAUCGAACGGUCUUUGACCCCGCCUCCACCAACUCUAGUACCCAGUCAGAGUGACAAGUCCCAAAAGACACUGCCUCCCUCAUCGCUUCCACUAAGCACGCCCCUUUCCAUCUUUUCUCCUUUGUACCCCUCCCCCGCAAU